AUGACCAAAUCUGCAUUUCAAAUCAAAUUAGACCAAAAGAAAGAAAAGCUGCAAAAAAGAAUUGAGAAAAAGCAAUUACGGGAACAAAAGAGGGUUGAGAGGGAAGCUAAAAAGCUUAAACGAGAAAAGAGGGUUGGUUUGAAUGGCACAAGGGUAAAGAAGGGCAAGAAGAACAAUCGGGGAUUUGCACAUGCACGUGAGACACCAAAGAGUGCUCUGGAACAGCCAAGCAAUGAAGUUGAGAUGGAGGUUCAUGAUCAAUCAUCGGACUCCGAUACUGAAAGUGAUUCCGAAUCAAUCGUGGCCGACGAAUGUCAAGCUAAGCCAAUUGUUGACCAACCGGAAGAUAUGAUACCACCUGUCAAAAAAGAAGAAGAGGAAGAAGAAGACCAUUUCGACCAAGUAGAAAAGGAACCUGUAACAUCCAGAGAUGAACCUAUGCUUAGUCUAGACCUCCAUCAGCAGCCGCAACAACAAGAGCCAACACCAACAUUCGAAAAGAGUGAAGAAGAGGACGACUCUGAAAUGACCACAACUAGCUGUAAAGCUACUACCACGACAAUAAAAAGAACAUCCGCAGAUGCAAGUGAACCUUCUUUCUCAAUUGAGAGUGUAUCACCGAAAGCUCAUGAACCACUUAAUUCAAAUGAAUCUCUGGUUACUAUGGAAGUAAAAGAAGUCAACUCUCCAAUGAAAACACCAUAUAAAACACCAUAUAAAUCAUCAUCUUCCUCUUUUUCAAAGUCAUCAACUAAAUCUCCAAAGAAAGUAGAAGUCCAAGAAGAGAUGAAUAAGAACAUAUGGAAGAAGGAAAUAGCAAAGUCACUCAAAACCUAUGCUCCCGGUUCCAUCGUUACUGUUGAUAGUGUUAGAUUAGAUAUCAUCGAGAGACAAAUUCAAAAAGUUUCAUAA